AUGAGCCGCUCGCCUUUCGAGGGUCAUUGUGACCCCGGAGGAUCAGCACCGCCUAAGCAUCCUGUGCGCUCGCACCUGAACCCUGCUGCAACAAGUUUCCAGCCGCGAAGCUCUACAUCUCAAUACUUUCCGUCUGGUCAAGCUUCUUACAACCCUGCAGCUUGGUCCUCGUCUGCUCGUGGAAUGUCAUCUGCUAGCGAGCAUUACUCUGCCCAUGACUCUAAUCCUGAGUCUACUCAUCCCAACCUUGCAAGUCACUCUACCCAUGACUCUGCUAAUCCUGAGUCUACUCAUCCCAACCUUGCAAGUCACUCUACCCAUGACUCUGAUGAUCUUGAGUCACCUUGCCUCAGCCUUGCAAGUCACUCUACCCAUGACUCUGCUAAUCCUGAGUCUACUCAUCCCAACCUUGCAAGUUACUCUACCCAUGACUCUGCUGAUGCUGAGUCUACUCAUCCCAACCUUGCAAGUCACUCUGCAAUGUCAGACACGGACGAAUCUCGCGUAGACAAGCAUAAUCGCAUGAUUGAAUGGGUGAUGGACAAAUUGUCCGCGCCCAAGAGUCAAAUUGUCGCGGGCAUCGAGCUCCCUCCGCUUAAGAUUUCCCGUCGACGAUCUUUUGCAUAUGGCAACAAUGCGGAGCGCCCUUCUGAGGUCUUUGGUUGUGAUGAGAACUCUGCACCCCGCGCCGAGUCGGUUUCAGGUCAGAUCGAAGACCCCAUGGAAGCUGUCUUUCGUGAGAUCACUGAUCGCACUGGCGCUGCGGCCAACCUGAAAGGAGAACCUAGCAAAGACAAACAAGGCGAGCUCGUGUUCAAGAUGGGACGAUACUCAACCAACUUCUUCCAUUCAAUUGUUACGAUUGGCGACAAACCUCUCCCUGGCUUUGAUGCAGCUACUAUUGCUCGUUUGGGUAUCGGUCCAUUCCCCGGCUUGCACUGUCGCACCCGAAUGUCCGCGGGUCAAUUUGGAAGACCUAUUUUGCACAUUGAACUAUGUAUCCGACACCUGUGCAACGUCGACAAGUUCAUGGAUAUCAUCGUUCCUCUUGACAGAGUCCUUGACGAUGUCACAUUAGUUGACGUUGAAUCUGCCGACGACACAGCUCUUAGCCCCCUGUACGCAUUUGAGGCUUUUGACAUGGAAGGACUCGCGCGACAGCCCGGUCACGAUGGAUAUGCUGAUUACCUUGUUGACGCUGAUCUUACGCAGCCAGCUGCGGCGAUCCAAAUCAUCACACCGAAUGUUCGCUUGGUUCGUGUCGACCUUAACAAGUGUGACGUGUUCACUGUCAAUAACGUCCGCUUUCAUAAAGACUGGGACCGACAUCCUACUACCACAAUUGCUAUUGCUAAGGCAGUCCGCGAAAUGUUCAAGGACACUGAAAGUCUGUUUUCUAUUGGUCUUUGGUUCCUCCCAGAACAAAGCUUUGAGAGACAUUGGCCUGACAUUCUAAACAAUGUCCGACAAUUAGCAAAUCCUUUCGCUCAGUACCUAGCCAAAUGCCGCAACUUGAAUUACAAGGACUUGGGCUUUGCCAAUAUCGCUGAAAUUGACGAGGAAGAGCUCCCGGAUAAGCCUGUCCCCAAGACCAAUCUUUUUAUUGACAAUGAGCACCGCACAGUUACACUAGUUGCUGGUGCAAGAGAGGAGCUUGCAAUGCAGGACAAGCGUACCAAUGACCUCUAUGAUCUUCAUCUCCCUGUCGUCUUUAUCAAGGACACAUUCUCUCGAUGGCUGCCAGAAAGCGACGAUAUGGAGAAGUAUGGUAUGGCGGCGACUGGCUGUGUCACUCGAUUCUUCAUGGUCAUGAGCGUCGACCCAGACAUUGCUGGUGCUCUUCCCGACAUUGGCGAUUCCUGUACCAUGGCCCUCAACGCUCCAUUUGGCAAUCAUCCUCUGCCAACCACUGAAUUGACUGCGAAUGAGCGCAAUGCCAUCACCAGAUCGAUCCUGAAGGACUUCCAUCUUGGUGAACACACAGCCAGAAACGUUCGAGACAAUGUCACCAACGAGAUCAACGCCGCUGGUGAGGAUAAUGGCAGGAUCGAUUAUCUGCAGGAGAAUGUUGAUGAUAUGGCUGACAAUGCGUUUCUCAAGCGCGCUGCCCGUACACUAUUCAUUGUGCGCAAAGAAGCAUCUGAUGAAGCCAAGGCAGCCUACCCUGAUGUACCUGAUUCGCAACGUAUUGCCACCGCUGUGAGGGACGCACGUCAACUUCGCCGGGACAAUUAUGAAGAUGACGAAGAAUGGUAUCAGGCUAUUGAUAGAUGGGUCAACACUCACGCUCGUCACGGUAUGCUUCGCAAAAGCUCUCCCAAUGGCCCUGAAUAUCGUGCUCGGUGUAUUCCACUUCCUUAUGGCACAGAGGCGAAUGUCAAGUUAUUCGAGGUGCAUGUCCCUCGCCAAGAAAACUGGAUCCCUGGUCUGGCCAGACCUUAUAUCAGGGUUGAUAUACCAACAGUCGAUCCUGUUGGUCCGAUCAACAAGUUCUUGGAGUCUUUGUUCACUCCUGGCUACAAGGACACAGAAACCGAAAUGAUUGUUCGAGCUGUGCCUAAGGUUAAGAAGAGUCUUCUUGCAAAGAUCUUCUUCGCUCAGGAAGAAAAGACAACGAAACUUGAGUGCGACACUCCAUUCCGCCUCAACGGUCGAGCUGAGGUGUCGUCCCCGUCUAUCGCUGGACAGUUCUGGUCCUUUACAACAUCAUUCCAAGGCAAGCCUGUAGUCUACAGCUUUCUACGCGCCUUUCCUGGUCUCGCUUCGGCACUUGAAGGGGGAAAAUUCACUGCUGAAGCUCGUGAGUUUGUCAACGCACUCUCGGUCGUCCCCUUCGGCUAUGCGUUCUUGUCUGGUGGUCCAGGCUCUGGCAAAACCACUCUGGCGUUGUCGGUUGUCAAGGAAGCACUAUCUGAUACUGCGAACAUCGCUCGUGCCAUCGUCAAGGAUGCUUUUACCGACGAAACCGCCAACUUCUCCAGCGAAGGCACUGCUUCUACUAGCAAGACUAACGCUAUCAACGCUACUGAUAAGUGGGGUACCACUUCUACUGGCGAGAUAACCACUGCCAAUGAAACUAUUACUAGCAAUGGAUUUACUUGGAACGCCGAUGCCCAACUCGUCGCCGACACUCAGCCUGCGGACUUCCUGACAAGCAAUCCUGAGGACAACGAAGAGGUCUGGGAUGAAGUUCCAGGUCAUUCGACGACAAACUCUACAGAUCUCAAAGUCCCUGACGUCUUCCAGGUUGACACACCUGUCAAGGAUGUCACUACUCAAGCAUCUACCAAGACUCGAAUUGCAUGGACUGCUGGCCAUAACAAGUUGGUUGAUGAUGCUGUCUCUCGUGCUAUUGAGCAAAUCCCCGACAAGCUGGUUGUUCGCGUUCAACCCUGGGCCCUAGAGAUGGGCAAUCUCAAGCGUGUCAGAGAUGACAUCGAGCCAAAACAGACAGACACAUCAGUGAAUGCCGCUGCCAAUCGCUCAAUGGUAGCUCUUGUGAAACACACCAAUGCCUUUUCUCAGCGGGUAUUCAAAGAGAAGUCUCCCACACAAGUCAAGUGUUCGCUGUCCGAGUACGCACGAUCCAAGGCUAUUGAGGACCCCAAGAAAUGGUCUGAUGUUCAUGAUGCCUGGAAUGAGUUACUUAAUGACCCUGACCGCUAUGCACUGAACAAGCCCAAGCAUGAGGAGGCUUUUCAAGGGCUUAUGAGUGCCGCUAUUGAUGAUGUUGACAUGGUCUGCGGUACACCUGUCGCUCUGGCAGAGCUCGCCGCCCAUGUUAAAUGGACACCACACCUUAUUGUCGUUGAUGAGGCUGCGCGACUCAACGAGACUACAUCGCUCAUGCUUCAGUCAUUCUAG